AUGAGAUUGAGUUCCUAUAUAUUUCGAGAACUUAAGUUUAAUUCUCCACAGGCUGGUUACCUUCACAAACGCAGCUCGGACAACACCAAAUGGCAGCUGCGCUGGUUCAUCCUCUACCAGAACCUGCUGUUCUACUACGAGUCAGAGAACAACACGCGUCCUACCGGCGUCCUCCUUCUAGAAGGUUCUUAUUGCGAGCGUCUCAGCAAGUCGCCGAUGGAGAGGAAUGCUUCGUUCUGCUUCACUAUAUCGUACCGGCGCGAGAGCCAGCGGCAGUACGAGUUGCGAGCUGCUUCCGAGGUCGACUGCGUGCAUUGGGUUGACGCCAUCCGGGAGGCAAGCUUCAACAAGCUGCUGCUGCAGAAGGAAGAGCUGGAGCAGAAACAACUGCAUCUGCUGCAGGUAGUGGAGAGCGAGCGCACGUCGCGCUGGCAGUACGCGCAGCAGUGCGACGAACUCACCAACGAGGUCAAGAAGCUGCGCACUGAGCUGUGCGCGUACAAGAAGGAACAUGAGCCAGCGACGCGCACCACCUCCACCGCCAGCCUGUCGCCGAGCGACUCCGAC